AUGUCCAGCCUCAGGGCCUUUUCCAGACUCGCCCGCCCAGCGCGGUCAUCACCCUCAUCAUCACUCCUCCGGACCUCGUCACUGCUGUCAUCCUCCAUCUCCAGCCAGAAGCGCCUCCACUCCCAGAAACACCCCAAGGGCUUCGAGCCGCCGUCCCACGAAGAGCUCGACGAGCUGCGCGAACGCGUCCACGACUUUACCCGUCGCGAGAUCCCCGAAGAGCUCGCCGCGCGCACCGACAAGACAAAUGCAUUUCCCGCCGAGAUGUGGGCCAAGCUGGGCGAGGCUGGCUUCCUGGGCGUCACAGCUGAUGAGGACUACGGCGGACUUGGAAUGGGCUACCAGGCGCACUGUAUCGUGCUGGAGGAGAUUUCGCGCGCCUCUGGAUCCAUUGGCCUGAGCUACGCCGCGCACUCGCAGCUGUGCGUCAACCAGAUCUCGCUGAACGGCAAUGCCGAGCAAAAGGCAAAGUACCUGCCGGGCCUCAUCUCCGGUACCAGCGUCGGCGCCCUGGCCAUGUCUGAGUCUGGUUCUGGCUCCGACGUCGUCAGCAUGAGAACCACGGCCAAGCCCGUUGAUGGCGGCUACGUGCUCAACGGAUCCAAGAUGUGGAUCACCAACGGCCCCGACGCAAACGUCAUUGUCGUCUACGCCAAGACGGAGCCCGAGAAGGGAUCCAAGGGCAUCACCGCCUUCCUGGUCGACACCACCGCCGAGGGCUUCUCCUGCGCGCGCAAGCUCGACAAGAUGGGCAUGCGCGGUUCCAACACCGGCGAGCUCAUGUUUGAGAACGUCUUUGUGCCCAGCAAAAAUAUCCUCGGCAAGAUCAACGGCGGUGUCCGCGUGCUGAUGGAGGGUCUUGAUUUGGAGCGUCUAGUUCUCAGCGCCGGGCCUCUAGGUCUCAUGCAGGCUGCUCUGGACGUUGCUCUGCCCUUUAGCCACCAGCGCAAGCAGUUUGGCCAGCCAAUUGCCCACAACCAGCUGGUUCAGGGCCGUCUGGCCGACAUGUACACCAAGCUGCAGGCUUCGCGCGCGUACACGUACAACACUGCCCGCCAGGUUGACGAGCAGGGCGUCAUUCGCACCGAGGACUGCGCCGGAGCGAUUUUGUAUGCUGCUGAGAGGGCGACGGAGGUGGCGCUCGACUCUAUCCAGCUGUUGGGUGGUAUGGGCUACGUUGAGGAGAUGCCCGCCUCUCGAUUGCUGAGAGAUGCCAAGCUGUAUGAGAUUGGAGCUGGCACCUCGGAGAUUAGAAGAAUGGUGAUUGGACGGGCGUUUAACAAGCAGUAUGCCAAUGCUUGA